AUGUCGCACUGUUUCGUACCAUCCACUUUUCUGUGGACUGUAAACGUGCGAAAUUGCAAAACUGUUCCUCAAAGACAAACUUUGCAGAAAGCGUUCGGCAGCCGUGUUUUCCGACUACGGCCGGGAGCGUUAGCAAGGCUGCGCUGCCUGGACACAGUCCCUGUGACGUUGAACACAAUAUCAACCCCUGAAGACGGAGAUGCAACCCCUCGGGAUUCCAUACGGGAGACUUUUCCCCUUGUGGCCGUCGUCGGCCAUGACUUAGUUAAGCUGGCCUUGCUGCUUGCGGCUGUGAACCCAAAGGUUGGAGGUGUCCUGAUAUCCGGUGGACGGGGCACUGCCAAGUCAGUGCUGGCCAGAGCAGUGCAAGCGCUGCUUCCUCCGAUAGAGGUUGUCUUGGGAUCACCGUACAAUGAGGUGCCCCGUGGAGACUUGCCUGAAAGCAAAAGAGCAAUCAUUCCAGCACCAUUUGUACAAGUGCCCCUAAAUGCAACGGAGGAUCGACUGGUGGGGUCCAUCGACAUAGAGCGCUCUAUGAAACUGGGGGAAUCUGUUUUCCAACCUGGUGUCCUAGCUAGGGCCCACCGAGGUAUCCUCUAUGUUGAUGACAUCAAUCUGCUGGAUGAGAGCAUUGCUAACCUGCUGCUUUCGGUUGUAUCUGAAGGUCGCGUGCUGGUGGAAAGAGAAGGCAUCUCUCUCGGCUAUCCCUGUGAACCUCUUCUGAUAGCAACUUUUAACCCAGAUGAAGGCCCUAUCCGUCCACACUUGGCAGAUCGCAUGGCAGCUAUUGUGAACGCAGAUUCUCCACCGCUCUCUAUCGAGGAACGCAUACGGGCUGUAGAUGCCGUUACCGAGUUUUACCGUAACCCUCGUGAAUUUGUACGCAAGUACGAACAGGAGAUGGAUGAGCUCCGACAGCGCAUUAUAUUCGCACGGGAAGAGUAUCGCGACGUGGUCAUCGCUCGUAAGCAGGUAGAAUAUCUAUGUGAAGAGUCCAUUCGAGGUGCCGUCCAGGGCCAUCGGGCCGAAAUCUUCGCCGCCGAACUGGCUCGUGCGAAUGCUGCCUUCGAAGGACGCCUCCGUGUCAAUGAACAAGACCUUCGUAUCGCAGUUCGCCUAGCCAUAUUCCCCCGAGCAAAGGUCUUCUAUCGCGACAACAAUGAUGAGGAAAAUGUAUCCCAGAAGCGCCCGCCUCCACCACCCCCACCGCCAUCAAAUGAGCAGGAUGGUGAAGAGAAGGAAGAUGAAUCGGAGCAAGAACAAGAAGAGGAGGAUGAGAAUGAGAUCGAAGAGGCUCCGCAGGUACCCGAAGAGUUCAUGUUUGAUCCCGAAGGCGUCCCCAUCGAUCCGGAGCUGUUGAAUAUUGCACAGGGGCAGCAGAAGCAGGGCCGCAGCGGCGGUCGAGGUAUCAUAUUUUCCGACGAGCGAGGGCGCUACGUCAAGGCGAUGUUUCCGCGCGGGAAAGUGAAGCGUGUGGCUAUCGAUGCUACCAUACGCUCUGCGGCCCCCUACCAAAGAAUGAGGCGCGCACGCCAUGCUCAGGAAAAUGGAAGAAGGGUCUUCAUUGAGCCUCCAGAUCUUCGAGCCAAGCGUAUGGCCAGGAAAGCGGGAGCUUUGGUCCUUUUCGUGGUGGAUGCUUCGGGGUCCAUGGCCUUAAAUCGAAUGAGCUCCGCCAAAGGAGCAGCGAUUCGACUGCUCGCAGAGGCGUACCAGUCCAGGGAUCAAAUCGCCUUGAUAACCUUUGGAGGGGAGUGUGCAAGCGUGCUGCUACCACCGACGCGCUCGGUUAGCAUGGCAAAACGACGUCUGGAGACCAUGCCAUGUGGCGGAGGCUCACCGUUGGCACACGCGCUGACUGUCGCGGCUCGCGUAGGCGUUAACGCGAUGAAAAGUGGAGAUAUCGGACGUUGUGUGCUAGUGCUCGUUUCCGACGGUCGGGCAAACAUUCCCUUGAAAGUUUCUUUGGGCGAAAAGCUUGAACAGAAACCCACAAAAGAGGAACUGAAGAAUGAAGUACUGGACUUGGCGAAGAAGAUACGCGGUAUUAACGGUUUCAGCAUUCUGGUCAUUGAUAGCGAGAACAAAUUUGUGAGCACGGGUCUCGCAAAGGAACUGGCACAAGCAGCGGGAGGCACCUAUCACUACAUCCCACGAGCAACAGAUGCUGCUGUCGCUGGUGUCGCCGCAGACGCAAUCAAACAGAUGCGGCAGCUGUAG